AUGGCCUCUUCUGCACAGUCUGGUGGUGAUGCGCCAGCUUUGCCUUCUAGCAGGGUGGCUACGGAUAUUCUCCUGGCUGUUGCUGACUCAGAUGCAGAGGAAGCUUUUGAACCCAGGAGUAAGCUUCGACGUGCAUCCAGCGGUGAUCAAUCCUGGCAGCUUAUAGAGCAGAACCAGCCGGUGCCCGAGAAUGCAUCCUUUCAUGGGUGGGGCACAACGGGCGCCAGCCUACAGUUGCUCGGCUCCAUCUUCCCGACGGCGAAGGCACUGCCGUACUUUCAGGUAUCGCUUUCCCUGGCAACUCCGAGACCAGUUCAGCCCUCAACAACAGCUUUGCGAGCACCUUCAGAGCUACACCCGCCUGCCUUUCGUGAGCCGAUCGCCGGCUUGGUCACCAGCAAGGAUAAUCAUCAGGCGUGCGAUGAACGCAACAAGGUACUUUUCGACCAGCUUUGUGCAUCGCAUGGUGCCUACAGCGAGGUGCUGCAACAGCUUUCAGGGAGUCGCGAGGGCACAGUGAUCAAGUCUCGGCUUCUCAGCAAGGUGAGUGACACCACGGCGGCCCGCUACCUUCGCUCAGUUCAGCUUUUCUUUUGUGCCUUUGAGGAGCUGGGUGGCAACAUGGAGUCCAUCGACCAAGGUCUCUUCCUUGAUGCUUUCUUCGCUUUAUCUCGAGGCUCCGAAACAGGCCCCCUUUCCAACAGCAUCAAUGUGCUCAAGGCGCUGCGCUGGUACAAGAAGCUUCUUUCACUUGCAUGCCUCCCAGACCUGUACGGCACAGCUUUCAGUCUCCUCUCCAAUCCGUCUGGCCAGGAGAAACGAGAGAGCAUACCACUGCCGCUUUCUUUUGUGGCCUUCCUUGAGCGCACCCUGCUUUCAGGCACAGCCAGCUUGAUGGACACCAUCUGGGCGGGGUCGUUCUUGGUGGCAAUCGGUGCGAGCCUCCGCUUCGCGGACGCCCAGCACGUCCGCUGGAGCUCACUUUGUGUGAGCCAUUUCACUUUACGGGGAAUAUGCUACAGAACUAAGACCACCAAAGGCGGAUGCCCCUUUGGUCUUCUCAGCUUCGGCCCCUUUUCGUCCUCUGAGGAAUGGGGGCUGACUUGGCUCCCCCGCUGGUUGGGAGCAUUGGACAAGGUUUGGUCCGACCUCCGCUCCCGCUUUGGGGCCCAGCCGGAACCAGAUUGCAUGUUUUUCCUCUUAAGUGAUGCAGGCUUUGCUCCGGCCACUUAUUCACAGGCCCUUCAGAAGUUGCGCCACUGGCUGACGCUUUCAGGGAUAGAGCAGCACCAAGCUUCUCAAUAUACGCUUCACAGUUUGAAGACGACCUUCCUUUCGUGGAUGUCUCAGCUUUCUAUCCCACUGGCGUCCCGCUUUCUCCAGGGACAUCAUAAAACCCCUGGCUCUGCCCAGCUCUAUUCACGGGACGACGUAUGGCCAGCCCUGAGAGCGCAGCUUCUUUUGUGGCGGUCGAUCCACUCCGGCUUCCGUCCUGCCAGGCCGCAACACCGAGGUGGACAAUCACCGCUUGCCGAGCCCCCCUUCGAGACGGCGGGGUUCCAAUGGGACGCCUUCAUCCCGGCACUUACAUGUUUCUCGCUUGGCAGUGAUUUCCAAUCAUUCCUCGCCCUGGAACAACAGGUCGACCACUUCGAGGACUCAGAUGCCGAUGAUACAGGCCCGGCUCGCCCUUCAGCGAUGGUCGCAUCCACUUUGGAGGUCGACCCCACAUGGCAAGAUGCAAAGAGCGAGGGGCUUAGUGUGUCACAUGAGGAGCAGCCGCUUGAAGCUCCAUCUUUUCAAACUUCCCGCACAAACUGCAGGGAGGUGCGGAUGCCCAAUGCCAGGUUCGAUGUCACCCCGCUUGUGGAUGCAUCUCAGAAUUUUCCGCUUUUGUGCAUUUUCCGCCUGAAUCUCGCUUAUGUAAGCGAUCAGCUUAUGAAACAUAAUCCCGCUUUACUUCCAGCGUGGGUCAUGGCCAAGUUGUCCCCCGACUACGUGUUCAGCCUCCUCAAAAGCAUGAACGAGGCUGAGAGGGCCCACUUUUUGAAGCGAAUGGAAGGAGACCCGCUUCUUCCUUCCACAACGCCGGCACCCGCUUUGGCAGCAGCACCUUCGGAGCAGCCUGCUUCGAGCACCGUGAUCGACCCCAUCGGGGACUCUAUCGCUGCCGAAGAUUACGGGACACCGGCCGCUUUUACGUCUUCUCCCUCGCCUGCUGCACCCACUUUGGAGGCACCAGCGGAGCCUAAAGCAGCCACCGGUGGCGAGAGCGCCCCCACGGGAGCCACUUCAGCUGCUCAGGGAGAAGAGGCCAACGCCGAGGCCACAGGGGACGGGGUCACGAACGCCAAACGCUGGCAACGUGAACCCAAGGUCAAGGAACCGCCGCCGCGACCUCCUUCGUCGCCCGCUUUGGCGUCGACCACCCCAAAGGCCGGGGUACCGCUGCUGAAGUCGAAGAGCAUGGCUACGCCCGCUCCACCCGCUUCGGUGGCCACUACACCCCCGGCGGCUACGCCCAGCGCCCCUCCCGCUUCCAAGGCCCCGCCACCGCCGCUUGUGGAGGAGGGCACCACGGGCGGAAGCUCGGGAAACACAGGGCAACAGCCGCCCGCUUCAACACCACAGCGCGAGAUAGCCCCGCUUCUCGCUAGUGACGCCCCAGCCUCCCGCUUGGGACACACUAUCUAUGAUAGCGAAGGCCGGGCCACUUUGCAGCUGGUUCAAUUGUGGGCAUGCCGCCGCCAGUGUUCCCAAUGCGCUCAGGGACACUGUCAGGCGACAUUCAGCGACAGAUCCAACAGCUUCCACGUGAACCACUUAUGCAGAGACUGCAAACGCGCUCGUGGGCGUGAGCGCCAGGAGGCCACUUCGCAGUGGAACCACGGCCAAGAUGAGUGGGGCCAGAGCCAGACCGCUUGGGAGGACUCGCCCGCUUGGAGCUCCUGGAACUGGUCUGGUCUCUUCGACAUGUCCGACUUCUCGCAGUUCGUGUCGGACUGCAACGAAUUGAUCACCCACUUCAUGACCGAAGCCGCGGUGACAGAAGCAGCGGCGGAGGGCAUGGCAUCCCUAGAAGCCACGCCCAGUUCUGCUCUCCCGCUUGGAGAAGAGGCUUGGCCGGCAAAACUCAGCGGCGAACGCACUGCAGCGCUUAGGAAAAGGUUCGAGGAGGAUUACCCCACUGAACUCCUCGAUGCCGAGAGCUUUCCGAGCGCCCGCUUGUUGGCCCUUACCAAUAAGAUGCUUUCAGAAAAGGAAGUGCGAUGGAUUCCCUGGAAGUACCGCUUAAGUGCAAGGGCGCAAGAAGACAGCUUGCUUAUCAGGCCCAAGAAACAGGCCCGCUUUGACAUCGCGGAGUUCUUCUUCGACGAGGCUCCAACCCGGGAUAUACAUGAAGGCCCCGCCUCCUUCAGCUUCGUGACACAGCUUCUCUCACUUGCUGCGAAUGCGAUCGCUUUAUGCCAGGGGGCACACCUAGGCUCCCUGAAACUCUACAACAAAAAGUUCACCCGUAUUUGCUUCACCAAAUACGAGGCCUCCGCCAACCUACGGGGCCCCACUACGAUGGAAGCCCAGGCAGCUGAUCGCCGAUGUUGGGAAAUCAUCGCCGACUUAGUCAAUGUGCAUCAUUGGAAGCUAGAUGAUGCGCUUCACGAAGUGGCGGAGGUGCGUUCUGAUUUGCACAGCUUACUUGCGCCCAGGCCAUUCGUACCCAAACCCAAGCACGACCCGGACAACAGCUGGAAGGCCGGCGCCAAAGGCAACGGUCGUGGAGGCAAAGGCGGGGGCCGUGGCGGCAAAGGCCGCGAUGGCAAAGGCGAGAAGGGAGAGCGCUUCGAGCGAGGCGGCAAAGGUGGCAAAGGCAAGGACAACAAGCAGGCGACGCCUCCCGGAAAAUGGCUUUCAACCAUCUUCAUGGAUGGCAAGCGCCAGACUCUUUGCAUGCGCUACCAGAGCGGUCAGUGCAAGGACCCAGCCACGUGCCGCUAUGUGCACAGAUGCGCAGUGCCCAAGAGUGAAACCCACUUCAGCGACCAGCGGGACAUCGCUGAGGAGGUCACAGUUGUCCCGCUUUCAGCUGGUGCCCCAGUAUCCAUUGCAUCUUUGGCAAUCAGUGAAGGCUCCCUCGACUUCGCUACCUGCUUGGAGCUUUUAGCGCAGUACUUUUCCAUUCCCUUCAUUGAUGCCGCAGGCCCCACUGACAAUGCCAUUGACGCUUCCGGAGCAUAUUUCAACCUGGGAGCUUUCUCCUUUGACAACGGCACUAGGUCGGGGAUAUUUCAGCGCACUGAACAAUUUUCCGAUGUACUUCGUUUCUUGAACGCUUUCAUGCAGCUUCAGUUCCCGGGUGCCUCUUGGAGCUCCUUGUGCGUGAGUCACAACGUUCGUACUCGCUUACACACGGAUGCUGGCAACGCUUCAGGAACACUCAAUCACACAGUUUCACUCGGCAAUUUCAGCGGAGGGGAGAUCUGGAUUAGCCCAGCUUUGGACCCUUCUGCUGCCAACAUCCCGGCCCCAUUGGAGGCCUCAUCCGAGGCCCACAGAGCGGAAGAUGCAAGCAAAGGUGAAUUGCGCGACACCUGGCAUUCACCGCUUUCCUUUAGCUGUGAAUCCCUCCAUUGUACGAUGCCAAUCCAAGGAGACAGGUGGGUAUUGACUGCCUACACUUGCAGGAACCUGCACAGCUUCGACAUGAAGUCGCUUGCACAUUUAAGGUCACUGGGGUUCCCAUUGCCUCCAGUACCUACAACACUUCCUCAGGCUGUACCCUCUGCACCGAAGGACAACACGCACGUCGAGAUCUUCUUAGAUAUCUGCUGUGGUGCCUCUCACCCACUUACCACGGCGAUCUCAUCAUGUGGCAUCAUAUGUUUGCCCAUUGAUCUGCUUGGUGAGGAGCAGCUGGACCUCUUGCACGACGACACGUACGAUCACCUCCUUCGGUUAUGCUUCUCAGGCAUUGUACGUUUUGCUCAUGGAUCUCCGCCAUGCAAAGAGUACUCCCGCUUGAAGCUACGCCCCGGGGGACCUGCUGCUAUCCGAUCCCCGGAACAUCUCAACGGGUUGCCGGGCAAUACAGCUUCACAGCAGGAACGCGUGGUAAGCAGCCAGAAGCUUCUGUAUCGCUGUGUAUGCCUGCUUCGGGCCGCUUUCAACUCAGGUGCACAUGACAUGCUUGCUGAGAUACAGGCUUCACUGGUCAACAUCCCGGCAUGCUCAGUUGGUACAUGCUCUCAUUCGGAGGGUCAUCCUUCUGUGGCCGGCGUCAGGGACGAGCUUGGCAACUUUUUGUCACAGCGCACCGCAGAGUACCCAGCCCAGUUAGCAAACCGCUUUGCUCAGCAGGCGGCUAAACUUUUCUCGUCACGCCGGCCCUCCCACAGUGUUCCAACUUGUUCUUUGGCUUUCGCACUCUCUUCGAUCCCCAAGAAGCCCCGGGCAGCGACAACUACAGCAUCACAGGAUGGCGGUGGCAUCUACUCCUUGCCGGACUGGUCAAUGGGCCCCAGAUACCAGUCUGACAGCUUGCACGAUUUGCGCAAAGAAUGGCAGUCCUGGCUCCUCUCGCACAGGAUACCACUUCGCCUUCAGCAACAUGUCGCAGCAGGCAGUAACAGCCCACUUUUCUCGGAAGAGGAAACAUCGUGGCUGCGUGGAUCCUUUAAACGCUUUUCGGACGCUCACUCCCCAGCUCAGGAUUGGGAUUUUUCUGUCAAGGAGGGUCAACCAUACUGCCUAUCGGCACUUGAGCGCUUGAGCACCCUCUUGGGGGACAAAGACACAACUUUAUUUCCCGCUUUGCAGAAGGGGGUCCCCACGGGCUUUGAUGGGGAUAUCCCUCGCAGCCACACCCUACGUCCCCGCAGUGCAGAGGAAACGGAAAGCUCCGCAGACCUGCUUAUCUGCGAAGGCAACUGGUGGAGGAAUGCCUUCGGCACCGACUUGUCAGCCGCAAACAGCUUGACAAACUUCUCGGGCUCCUCCAGUGGUAUUCAUACAUACUUGGACGACAAGCUCCGCUUCACUGGUAAACCGCCGGGCACCAGCAUUUCAGAAGGAUCCACUUUGUUGUCAGCUCGCCACAAAACAUUGCACAGCAAGGCUGAUCUCGCUUUGGUCCCGGUAAGCACCAAACGCAUGUGGCUUCGGGUUACGGACCCCACUUCAUCCAAGCGACGCCUCUCAGAAUCCAGCAGAGAAACACUUUCUUUCUUUGCCCACUUGAGCUCCAGGGACUGGCGUCCACGGCCGCUUAGACCACCACCCACAAGCUCAGUGGAAUCAGCAGCCGAUGCCUUCGGCAAAGGCAACGACUGCGGCGUCGGGGGAUGGCUCCUUCUCCCAUGUGGCCGCCUGCUUUGGUUUUCGCAUCGCUAUACCGUGCAGGACUUCCUGGAGCUCGGUCUGCCAAUGCAGCCUAACGCCAACUUGGACAUUUCCAGCUAUGAGACGUUGGCACAGUGCUACGUUCUUCUCGCUUUUUGGAAAGCCCAUGGUUCUGGCCGCUUGGCUUUGAAAUUACCAGCUUUGAGCGAUAAUAGUGGCGCUGAAUCGGUGUGUAACAAACUUUACACCUCCAAAGUACCACUUAAUCUUUUCGUUCGCAAGCUUUCGAUGUGGAGCUCCAUUACCGGUGUCACUUUGGACUGCAGCAGACCUGCUUUCGCGGUGGGACGGCUGCGCAGAACUUCCGGCCAAGUUUCUGCCAUCAAACCGCAUUGA